AUGGAGUGGUGGAAUAUGAGUGAGGCUCCAGUCACGUCGUUCUCACUAUUGUCUAACUGCACCAUGGACACCAGCUACCGCUUUACUUUCUACCAAGUGUCCUACAGUGUCAUCUUUGUGCUGGGGUUGGCCACCAACAGCCUGGCUCUGCGCAGACUGUGUCUAUCACCCUUCACCGUCAACAGCACAGCCAUCUACAUGGUCAGCCUGUCAGCUGCCGACUUGUUUUUUGUCUUCUCCCUUCCUCUGAGAAUCUACCACUAUCACCAGAAGGCUCAAGCAUCGUCCUCCAUCACGAGAGAGCUGUCCAGCUGGACUCCCGGGGUAGCAUUCUGCCACCUAACUUUCACCCUCAAAUACAUCAGCCUCUAUGGGGGCAUCUUCUUCCUGGUGUGCAUUGCCGUGGACCGUUACUUUGCUGUGGUGCACCCUUUUGCAUCAACAGUCCGCCGGCUGCGUGUUGCACAGCUGGUAAGUGGGGGGGUCUGGUGCCUGGUGCUGGGGCUGAGUGUGGGUCUGUCUCUCCUGCGAUCUGCAGCAGCUCACCAACACCAGCCCUGUCUGCUGGACCCGACCUCCCAGCGCCACCGCACCAUCAUACUGGCGGUCCUCUGCACAGUGCUGGGCUUAUUUCUGUUUCCUACUAUGCUGCUUCUCUACAGUUACUGCAAAGUGCUGAGCGUGCUGAGCCAGUCAAGACACCGCUCCCGUAGUCAGCACUACAGCCGCAAGCACACUCUCACAAUCAUUUACUGGGUGCUGGCCAUCUUUCUGUUGUGCUUCCUCCCCUAUCACAUCAACCUGCUGGGAUACACACUCACUCAUUUGGGGCUGCUGUCCCAUUGUGGCCUGGCCAAAGUGACCAAGGCUGUGCACCCUGUGAUGCUGUCACUAGCCAGCGCCAACUGCUGCCUCAACCCACUCAUCUACUACUUCUCCAGCAGCCUGGCGCACAGGGAGGCAUCUGGUAGUGGAGGCAGUGGCAGUCGGUGA